CUUGAAGCAGAUUUGUACAUAAAAUAGUAUGUAGCACAACUUUGACUUUAUUUGCGCCACGUAUGCUUAUUAAACAAACCUUUUUCUCCUUACGUUUUUCUUCUUGAACUCAUGAAUAACUUUCCAACUGAAGUCUAUUUACGGAUUUUCUAUUUUGUGCCUCGUACAACGCUUCUCUCCUGUCUCUAUGUGUGCAAAUUAUGGCAUUUGCAUGCUACGAAAGCACUGUAUCGAGAAAUCACUCUGACUGGACCUAGUCAAAAAGACUUUUUGUCCUUUCUAAAAGAAACCAAGCUCGGACCAUGUAUUGAAAAACUCACGCUGUAUCAUGGAAGAAACGAACCACGCAAGUAUGAAUGGACAGAACAAGAGCUUAAGGACAUCAUGCUUAGGCUGCCUUGUCUAAGGACACUGAUUUUCUCCACCAAUGACCGACAAGUAUGGUAUUUACUCAACUUGCUCAAGAUGGACAAGCAACAGUUAAAGUAUCUAUCAAGGGUUGAUAUCAGUCGAGACCAUCACCAUGAUCCUAUUAUCAUGGGCUUGUACGUGUCUGUCAAUCAAUGGUUAUCGGAUACAAUUACACAUUUGACAUUGGAUCAUUUACAGUUGGAAGAUUAUUUUGGCUCGAGUACCUACCGAAUAGCUUGUUUUCUUUCGGAGUUUCAUCAAUUAUCUCAUCUCAAGAUAGUGAAUGACUUUCUGUCUGGAACUAGUCGUUUGGACAUGAUCCGUGUGUUAUGUGCCUGCCCAAAGCUUGAACAUUUCUAUUUAUCAUCUCAGUAUCAUUUGAUAGAGACAGACGAGAUGGAAUGGACACCUUUGCCGUGUCUUAAAGAACUAACGCUUAUCCUACCCGAUUUGCCAGAUAGCUAUGUGGAUUAUAUGGUGCAUACUAUUCCAUUCAAAAAGCUAAAGAAGUGUGCCAUCACACUGACCGAUACAAAGUUCUUAAGAUGGAUUUACCAGCAUACAGAUGCCUUUAUCGAUAGAUUUACAGACAGAUUCAGUCAAUGCAAACACUUUGAUCUAUUGAUGAAGAACACUGGUUUGCCAAACCGAGAAGAGUCCAUCCAACUACCUAGCAAUAAUCAAGCCAUGACUAAAGUAUGGCAGUUUAUAGAUAAACUCAGAGCCAAUCGACAGUUCGUCACGCAUGUCUCUGCUUCGUUUCAAGAUUCUUUACGCACCAGUCGGUUCUUUGAACCUACUAUAUGUAUUCGAGACCACCGUACUCUCAGUCUAAACUGGUUAUAUUUACCUUACUCGAACAGUCUCUCUUCUUAUUUCAAUAGGCAUUCGAUUGCAUUACAUACAUUGCAUAUACUUUGUCUAGGAUUGUGCGAUAGUAUGGCUCUCUUGACUCAUGUACUUGAACAUUGCCCAACAUUAAACAUGGUAUGGAUUGAACAUACCCAUAAUUCGUCUAUUCUAUUGGGACCUGUGGUCUAUCACUCCAAUCCAUCUUCCAAUAAGGACUACUUUGAAAAGCAUAAAGAUCAUCACCAACAAGCAAGCAUUGCCUUUGCUUCAUUAGAGCAUAUUCACAUCACACACCCAUUUAAGCACUAUUUGAAGACCUUGCCUUUUCUUCAACAUAUUCGAUAUCAUGCAUGUCAAUUUGAACCCUAUCCUAAAAGAAAACUACGAUUCAAUCUUCAAUGCAUAAAAUAAACACGGUCAUUGGUGGAAGGGACUGCCAAAGCCAUUUUUUAUCUUUUU